AUCUUUUAUGUUAGACAUGCUUCGGAAAACCAGUGUAAAUUAAUUUAAAUUAAUUAUAAUUAUCAUACAUUAUCAUUACUCAAUUCGACCCACUUUAUAAGGUUUAUUAGAUUUGAUUUGACUUUACCGCGCAAGUACUAGACCCAAGGACGUACUAGCCAUCUCUUUUUCACAAGUCUGUCUUUGUACGCUAACCGUGGCGUACGUUUCGUCACUGGAAUACGAGGCGGAUCGGAUUGUUUUCUGUCCUCAUUCCGCCAUUAUUAUUUAAAAAUUCAUCAUUGUUUUAUUUUCGUGUUCGGUGUUAUUUAUUCAACGGCAGAAAGUGAUGUUAUCGUGUGACCAUUUCCCGCUAAAGUGUUGAAGUGUUACGUUUCCUGUUCGAUUAUCAUACCGCUCGGAUAGAAACAAGCAACUGCGAUCAGCUAGCCCACUCUUUAUCACGUGGGUCAAAAUUCAAAUUUUAGAGCUAUGUCUGAAGAUUUUGUCGCGUAUGAGUAUCUAUGACGCUUGGUAUUGAUUUUGCAUUGGCUACACCUAGAAAAACCGGCUUCUUAUCGCAUCUAAACGUUGUGUAUUUCAGAAGCGCGCCGGUCGGGCUGCUCGUUUCGGCCGGGGAACAGUGGAACUGCCGGGAGACUGACGGGAAAGAAUGGUCAGAUCGGAUUGUGCAGUGUAGUGAAGUGAUUGUGUGUUGAAGUGCUAACUGGUAAAGGGAAACUCAGGAUUACAUAAGGGCGUUAUGGGCGAGGAUAACGAGAGAGCGUAGCCGGGCGACGCGGGUCAUGGCCCCGGGUCCCCGGCCACCCGCCGCCAUGGAUGUCCCGGAGCCGCCGUACGCGCCGCCCGAGCCUCCCGACCUGCCAGAGCUCUCAGACCUGACCCUCUCGCUCUCGCAGUGCGACCGAGCUCUCGCGUCAAGCUCCGAUCUCGCCACGAUGGACGACGACGAUAUGGGGAUUCAGGAGGAGCCUAAUCUCGCCAAAGACUCCCAAGAAAUGGAACAGAUCCUCAAUGAUCUCAAUAACACUGACCUGGGACAAGCGGACCUUCUCCAAGCUAUCAAAACACUGGAAACAGGUGAUGUACUUUCAACAGGAGAUGCUGACUCCAUAUUUCCCCUAUCUGGCUUUGAUAUGGCCGAACCGGUAGAUUCAGAGGCUGAUGCACACACAACAGAAGAGAAGAUAAAAGCAACACAGCUUCAGCUGGAGCGGAGAUGUGCAUUUUUACUAAGAAGAAUGAGGAUGUUGCAAGCCAGAACAUUAGGCAAAAGAGUGUCAGAGGAGGUGGCUCAUACAUUUGAAAAAGCUAUGAGAGGAGCCCGUAAAGAUGGUGUAGGGAGACCAAUGGGUCUUAAGGCAUUUCUAAAGAAAGUUGAGACAACAUCAGCUUUGCAAGCCAGUGCCUCCUCUCGGUCUACUUCAGUACUUGGUCCUAAAUACUACAGAGCUGGAACCUCGAAAGGUGAUGCAUCAAAAUCGGCAUCAAUUGCUAUUCCUUCAGGAACACUGGCAGGUCUAGAGGACACGGCAGGGGCGCUGCGAUCUCAUGUGUCGGCUGUAAAGCAUGCGCUGGAUUCAGAUGCUACUGCAUCUUCAUCAGGGGCAGAGAGCAAUGAUGAGGCAGUGGUCUACAACAAUCCUCAUCAACAGCACAUGCCUAUUGAGAAACGCGCGCUGUGGUCGUACCAACGCGCCCGCGCCUCCAUCGCCACGCGCUGGUGCUGGCUCCAAGCUCAGGUCCAGGAGUUGGAGUACAAGAUACGGCAACACACGGAUCUACAUAAACAGGUCCGCGAAGCCAAAGGUCCCGUCCAAUUCGAAGGAGAACCGGCGCAGCCGUCGGCCUACGAGGGCCUCUUGCCCGGAUCCACCCUCGCGGACGACGACUCGGCUACCGAGACCUGCGCGCGCCACCGGCCGCUCCGCCGAGACACCUUCAAGAAGAGGAAGCUGCUGCAGAUGCACAACCUGCAUAUAGCCACUAACAAGGCUGCCAAGCCUGCUGAUGUGCAUUGCAGCUGCGAGCAUGGAUUGGAGAGCUGCUGUGUGUGCACCGGGCGCGCUUCACCUACACAACCACCGUCCGAAGGACUCGCGAGGCUGGACCCCGGCUACCAUCCUGUGCUUAGCGACUUCAAGGACAUUUCCCUCGGGCUGCACUUGGGCGCGCUGACGUCCGCGCGCUGGUUCCGCGCGCGCGCGGCGGGCGCGUGGCGCGGCGCGCACCACCAGGCGCCGCGGCCCGAGCCCCGGCCGGAGCGCACGCCGCCCAAGCCGCGCCGACCCAUCAGAUUGAAAAGAGGCCGACCACCUUUAUCGAGAAGAAUGAAAGAAAGGAAACAGUCUGAUGAAAAUGUAACUUCUACUUAUGAAAGGUCGCGCGGCCGCGGCAGCACGGAGGCGCGCGCUCGCGCGGCGUCGUUCGACAUCGACAACAUCGUGAUCCCGCAGUCCGUGGCCGCCGCCACGCGCCCGCAGAUACUCACAUACAAGGAGAUCGUCACGCCCAAGUGGCGAGUUAUGGAGAUGUCGGACGCGCGUCUGAACAACGGCGUGUCUAAGAUAAGGCGGCUGUCGUUGGAAAGCGAGGAAGAGGACAUAUCUGAUGCGGCGGUGCGCGCGCGGCACCUGCGCAGCGAGGCGCGCGAGCGCGGCCGCUACCUGGGCGCGCGCCGCGGCCGUCGCGCCGCCGCCGCGCCCGACGCGCCGCCACCCACCCCGCCGCCGCCGCCGCCCGUGCCCGUGCAAGAGCCCCACGAGACAGUGCGACCGUACUCCCCGCGCCGCUUCCCCCUCCCCGAGCACACGUACUCGGACAUGCUGGCGUCCAUGCCGCACGGCUACCGGCCCGCGUCCCCUACCUCCCCUGCCUCCCCCUCCGCCGCGGGGGAGGCGGGGGAGGAGUCGCCCGCCGACAGCCCGCUCUCCCCGCUGUCGCCGGCGCCCUACGAGGGCGACGACCCCGACGACGUGGAAUGGGACCCCAGCCAAGAAAAGGUAGAAAAAAGAAAGACCACCUUCAGGUGAAAACGACAGUGAACGAGUUAGGU